AAUUAUUUAAUUUUCUCCCAGCCAUCAGGGAGUCGGCAAAGAUCUCUCAGAGGAAGUAUUCCUCUUUCUCAGAUCUUUCUACUCCAUAUUCUUUCCUUGCUUGCCCCCAUCUCUGCCUCCUUACUCUACUUCCUGAGUUACUGGCCCAUCAGCAUUAAGAAAAGAAGCCGAACAGGGAAGAGUUAACAUGGCACAGGUGGGAGGGAGAAGGGCCCUGAGGGAAGCAGGUAGAACAGCCUCAUAAAGGGCCCCACAGGCAUUGGUCAAGAUAAAGAGAAGCUGCCAACACACAGGCUCAAGAUCUUUCCUCAGCCCAACCUUCUAGAAAGCUGGAGAUUUCUUCCUAUUUUUUUUAAUCUAUUCAACAUUUUUUAAGCUUCUGCUACGGGAUAGAUUCUGGGAGGAGUUGGUCUACUUGCCUUGCCUCUUCCAACAUCAGAGAUGCUUCUUCAGGUGGCUGCUACUCUGGACUAAGUGUCAUUUUCUCCCCGUGUGUCACCUCUACUCCCUCUGGUACCCCAGGAAUAAGACUCUAGUGGGACCCCUUUCUGGAUUAUGAAGGAGAGAAAGUAAGUUCCUUUUCUUGCUGUCAUCUGUCUUUCUCCAUUGCUCCCCAUCCCCAACUUCAACCUUCCAGCUAGUGUUCAAAUUCACUACUUCAGCAUCAAGUUCAGAAUAACGUAAGCACCCCAGCCCCCAAAAACCCACCAAGUUUUCUUCUGCCACACCAUGCCCCCCACCUUCACUCCAGAUCCCAUCUGCCUACCACUACAGUUUCGCCCUUUCUUUUUACUCUGCUUCCUUUCUUCUUAAAGGGUUGGUGCCCAAAAUGUUAGAGCUGAGCAACACUUAAGAUCAUUGUGCCCACCCCCACUGUACAGCUGAGGGGAAACUGAGGCCCAGAGGUCACACCCAAGGAUACACUGUCAGGGACAGGGCAGCCUGAGACCUGAUCCUCAACCAGCGCUGGCUUUCUCCCUAUCUACUGCAGCAGUCACCCCUACCUCACUACACUUCCUCAUUACCGUUGUUCACUGCUUCCUCCCCCUACAAUACUCAGGGGCUUUUAGGAGCAAAGGAUUCUCCCAUCCUACCUAGAGUUGUGACCUUAAUUAUCCAUCCAAAACCACCCCCCCAAAGGUUAUAACCUUGUGAGCCUCUCAGCCCUGCACUACCCCUACACAUACCUCAUGGGUGGGUUUGUGCCACUGUGACACCCCCAAAAUCUCUCCCCUUAUCAGCAGUCAUGCCUCCAUGAUCCCUAAAGCUUUGCCCACCACAAAAUGGCAGAAACACCCCAGCCCAACUCCACCUUCCCACACCCAACCUUCUUCAUACUGACUGGCAUUCCAGGGCUAAGAGGUGCCCAGACCUGGCUGACACUGGUCUUUGGGCCCAUGUAUCUGCUGGCUCUGCUGGGCAAUGGAGCACUACUGGCAGUGGUAUGGAUUGACCCUGUGCUGCACCAGCCCAUGUUUCUACUCCUGGUCACACUAGCAGCCACAGACCUGGGUUUAGCCACAUCUAUAGCCCCAGGGUUGCUGGCUGUGCUAUGGCUUGGACCCCAACCUGUGCCAUAUGCUGCCUGCCUGGUCCAGAUGUUCUUUGUACAUGCGUUGACUGCCAUGGAAUCUGGUGUGCUUUUGGCCAUGGCCUGUGAUCGUGCUGUGGCAGUAGGGCGUCCACUGCACUACCCUAUCCUAGUCACCAAAGCCCGUGUAGGAUACGCAGCCCUGGCCCUGGCACUGAAAGCUGUGGCUAUUGUUGUGCCCUUCCCUCUGCUGGUGGCACGAUUUGAGCACUUCCGAGCCAAGACCAUAGGCCAUGCCUACUGUGCACACAUGGCAGUGGUAGAGCUGGUGGUAGGUAAUACACGGGCCAACAACUUGUACGGGCUGGCACUUUCACUGGCCGUGUCAGGUGUGGAUAUUCUGGGCAUCACUGGCUCUUAUGGACUCAUUGCCCAUGCUGUGUUGCAGCUGCCUACCCGGGAAGCCCGUGCAAAGGCCUUUGGUACAUGUAGUUCUCACAUUUGUGUCAUUCUGGCCUUUUAUGUGCCUGGUCUCUUCUCUUACCUCACACAUCGCUUUGGUCGUCACACCGUCCCAAAGCCUGUGCACAUUCUUCUCUCCAAUAUCUACUUGCUCCUGCCACCUGCACUCAACCCCCUCAUCUAUGGGGUUCGCACCAAGCAGAUCAGGAGCCGAUUCCUGGAAACCUUCAUAUUCAGAAAAAGCCAGUUCUAACGGACAGAACUAGAAGUGGAGGUGAAGGUGAAGGGAGCCUGGAGCCUGGGGUAGAGAUGGAGGUACACUAGGAGUCUGAGGUCUAGGGGUGGAUUAUGUCAUCUUUGUCCCACUGUCUGCCCGAUUGUGAUAAUCACUCAACAGAUAUUUAAUGUGAAGCCCCCAUUAUGUGUACCACCAGCACGGGUAGACUGGGGCCUGACCAUGUGCCCUGCCUGGGAGGAGGCAGGGGUCAUCACUAGAAGCACAUAAUGUUAGCACACGAUGAAAUAGUAAUAUUUCACAUGGCUGCAGCUGCCACAGUAUUGAGAUAUUAAACAGAAAGUUAAAUGGUGUUACCCAUGGGGAUUCAUUUUCAUCUAAGACUCCACCACACAGGACGGGACACUGCGUGACAAAAGGUCUUUCACACCAGAAUGGACUUCAGAAUGAGUGUAAUCUUAGACAGAAGGCAGGGAAUCACUUUUGUGAGGUCAAAGAAAGCUACAGGCUGCAGAGGCAAACCCAAGCUCUCCAGGAAAAUUAUCAUAAAACAAGUAUUGGAGUUAGCCAUGAAGACCUGAAGCCAGGAACAACCCAGACCGCUCAGCACAGACAGCUGGACCAGGCAGCAUGGGACACCACAAAGAAGACACUGAAGAUGAGAAAAAGCAGAUGAUGCCAUCUCCAGUGUCACAUGGUGGGGAGGGGGGGAUACCACGACAUCCUCAUUAAUAAGGAACUGAAGAGUUAGCUUAGAACCUCUGUGAUUUUCAGAAGUGUCAUCACACUGAAUCCAAGUGGAUUGGGAGGAAAUCUACAGUUAACCCAAGUGUGGGUUCAGUCAUUCUCAAGUCUAAUUUUUUUAAUGAGAUUCUGAGUUUAAAUGCCCUCCAAGCAUGAUUUCGUGGAUAAUUGUGACAAAAUUCUAAUACUAAUGGGUCCCAAGUUGUUAAGAUGUUCAUAUCCUUCUCUUAGUAAUUCCCCUUUAAUAAAUCUGAGAAAAUAAUCAAAAUGUGAACAAAGAUGUAUACAGUAUGAUAUUUAUUACAUUAUUAUAAAUAUAAAGAAAUGUAUAAUAAUCCCGUGGCACACAUACGUACACACACACCAUUUUUUGUUUUUCCCCUCUGAUACAUGAAAAGGGAAAUUAUAUGCAGCCAAUGUUCAUAAGCAAUAAAUUCUGUCACCCU